GUGCUCGAGUCGCGCCUGAGCACGAUGGUGGGCCUGCAGAGCAUCAAGGAGCACCUCUACACGCUGCUCGACACGCUCGAGAUGGACCAGCGCCGCUGUGCGGCAAUGCCGGAGUUCGUGUCGCAGCGCUCGUCUAUGCACAUGGUCUUCCUGGGCAAUCCGGGCACGGGCAAGACCGCGGUCGCGCAGCUCAUCGCGGGCGUGCUCAACGAGCUUGGCGUGCUGCGUCGUGGCCACCUCGUCGUCGCCAAGAAGGACGACCUCCUCGGCCGCUACUCGAACCACGUCGCACGCAACACGCGCGCCGUCGUCGAGAGCGCGCUCGGCGGCGUGCUCGUGAUCGACGAGGCGUACUCGCUGCUGCAGGGCGAGAUUGAGCUCGGGCGCGAGGCAAUCAACGUGCUGGUCGACAUGUGCUACGCCCACCGCGACGACCUCGUCGUCGUCCUCGCGGGCUACGACCGAGCGAUGGCGGAGCUCUUCGACGCGAACGCUGGCCUCGCGAGCCGCUUCCCGUACAAGUUCGCCUUCCCGGACUACACGCCGAGCGAGCUGGGCGAGAUUGCGGAGAUCAAGCUGCGGGCCUCGCGCUUCCGGCUCGCCGAC